UGAUUGGAGCGCAAACCCAGUGAGCAGCUGAGCUCGUGAGAGCCGCGCGCCAGGAGCAUAGAGACACCCGGUCCAGAAAACACGUUUAUUAUUCUGUUAAAACGGACCUUUCUUCUGGACAAAAUCAUUGUGAAGGGAUAUAUUUAACCUGAAUUCUAAUCGGUGCGCAUCUGUGAGGCGUCUGUGGGGAAGAAACAUCGGGAUUGGAGUCCGCUUUCAGUCAGGAGCUGAUGAACUGAGGAGGAUUUUAUCCCGUUUUACUUCUGAGGAGAAAAAAGUCUCAGCCGAUGCUCACGAACACAGAAAACAGAGAAACAACACAAUCUAAUGAGACACUAAAGAGUCUCACUAAAUGAUAGCGUGAGCGUAUAGUCAUCCAGCAGGAGUUUAGGGAACCCCUGCGGUGAGUGCCAACCACAAAUCAUGGUGCCACAUGCCCGACAGGCCUCUCCCCGUGCCAGUGCCACACGCCUCCUGCUGCUCCUCUGCCUGGCUGUGCCAAUCCAUGCAGACAGCAUGCCCAGUUUUAUUAAGAUUCCUGAAGAUCAGACAGGCAUCUCUGGAGGGGUGGCGUCCUUCGUGUGCCAGGCGGUCGGAGAGCCUAAGCCACGCAUCACCUGGAUGAAGAAGGGGAAGAAAGUCAGCUCACAGCGCUUUGAGGUGAUAGAGUUUGACGACGGCUCGGGUUCAGUGCUGAGGAUUCAGCCCUUGCGAACGCAUCGAGACGAGGCCAUUUACGAGUGCACGGCCACCAACAGCGUUGGAGAAAUUAACACCAGCACUAAACUCACUGUACUGGAAGAGGACCAGAUCCCUCACGGGUUCCCCACCAUAGACAUGGGCCCACAGCUGAAGGUGGUGGAACGAACGAGGACCGCCACCAUGCUUUGUGCUGCGAGCGGCAACCCCGACCCGGAGAUCUCCUGGUUUAAAGACUUCCUUCCUGUCGACAUUAACAGCAGCAACGGCAGAAUCAAACAGCUCCGUUCAGGUGGUACACCAAUCAGAGGGGCGCUACAGAUUGAGAACAGCGAGGAAUCCGACCAGGGCAAGUAUGAAUGUGUGGCGGUGAACAGCGCAGGAACGCGGUACUCGGCUCCUGCCAACCUCUACGUCAGAGACCAACGGGAAGUCCGGCGGGUUCCGCCGCGCUUCUCAAUCCCGCCCACCAAUCACGAGGUGAUGCCGGGCGGCAGCGUUAACCUCACCUGCGUGGCGGUGGGUGCGCCCAUGCCCUACGUGAAGUGGAUGAGGGGUGAGGUGGAGCUCACCAAAGAAGAGGAGAUGCCUAUCGGACGAAACGUGCUGGAGCUCACCAACAUCCGCCAGUCAGCUAACUACACCUGCGUGGCUAUUUCCUCUCUGGGCAUGAUUGAUACAACAGCUCAGAUCACUGUUAAAGCUCUGCCCCGCCCUCCCACCUCUCUCAUCGUCACGGAAACCACCGCCACCAGCGUGACUCUAACGUGGGACUCCGGAAACCCUGAAUCCGUGUCAUACUACGUGAUCCAAUACCGGGCCAAAAUCUCAGACAACGGCUUUCAGGAAGUGGACGGCGUGGCCUCCACCCGCUACAGCAUCGGGGGUUUGAGCCCAUACUCGGAAUACGAAUUCCGCGUCAUGGCGGUCAAUAACAUCGGCCGCGGGCCGCCCAGCGGGGCGGUGGAGACGAGGACCAGCGAGCAGGCCCCUUCGUCUCCUCCCCUACGGGUCCAGGCCCGGAUGCUCAGCGCCACAACCAUGCUGGUGCAGUGGGAGGCUCCCGAAGAGCCCAACGGACAGAUACGAGGAUAUCGAGUGUACUACACGUCCGAUCUGCACUUGCCCCUCAGCACCUGGCAGAAACACAACACAGAAGACGGCAGCCUGACCACCAUCUCCGGCCUGGUGCCAGACAUCACAUACGGGUUACGUGUGCUGGCGUUCACCUCGGUGGGCGACGGCCCGCCUUCAGACGUACUGCAAGUCAAAACGCAGCAAGGAGUCCCGGCCCAACCCACCGGCUUUGAAGCAGAGGCUGAACUUGACACACGGAUCAUGUUGUUGUGGCUGUGGCCCGUCCAAGACCAGAUCAUCAAAUACGAGCUUGCGUAUUGGGAAGCUGGAUCUGAAAACAAGCAGCACAUCACUUUUAACCCAGCGGGUUCUUAUGCUGUCGAAGGGUUGAAGCCAGACACCCUCUACAAGUUCUCAUUGGCCGCUCGCUCUGAAAUGGGGCUCGGUGUGUUCACACAGCCCAUAGAGGCUCGGACUGCGCAGUCCACCCCGUCCGCCCCACCACAGCAAGUGCACCUGCUCAGUCCCUCCUCCACCAGCAUCCAGGUGAGUUGGGCGGCUCCACCGGUCGAUAGUCGUCACGGACACAUCGUCAGGUACUCACUUGCCUAUCAGGCCACGUCAGGCGAAGACCAAGAACGGCACGAGGUGCAAGACAUCCCGGCUGAUGUGUCUAGCUACGUUCUGGAGGGGUUGGAGAAAUGGACGGAGUACACGAUUUGGGUCAAAGCACACACAGAUGUUGGACCCGGUCCUGAGAGCAGCAGCACCCGCAUCAGAACGCAAGAGGACGUGCCUGGCGCUCCUCCACGCAGAGUCGAGGUGGACAACGUGAACUCCACGGCCUUGCGCGUGUCGUGGAAGCCUCCUCUGCAGCAGAGGCAGCACGGACAGAUCCGUGGCUAUCAGGUGGUGUAUUCGCGGCUGGAGAACGGGGAGCCACGCGGGCAGCCCAUCAUCAUGGACAUGGAAUUGCCAGAGGCACAGGAGGCUAUCAUCACUGGUCUGUUGCCUGAAACAACAUAUUCUGUUACCGUGGCAGCGUACACCACUAAAGGAGAUGGAGCAAGAAGCAAAGCCAAAGUGGUGACCACUACGGGGGCAGUGCCUGGCAAGCCCACCAUGAUCAUCAGCACCACCAUCGGGAACACAGCUCUGAUCCAGUGGCAGCCCCCUAAAGAGAUGGUGGGUGAAUUGAUGGGCUACAGAUUGCGAUACAAGCGUGAGGAAGAUGAGACCUACACGGCCCGUGACUUCAGACGCACAGACGAUCACUUCACCGUCACGGGCCUGCACAAGGGGGCCACAUACAUCUUUAAGCUCUGCGCCAAGAACCGAGCGGGAAAUGGAGAGGAGUACACCAAAGAGAUCAGCACGCCAGAUGAUGUUCCCAGCAGCUACCCCCAGAAUCUCAGAGUGGUGGGCCUGACGACCACUACCACCAAACUGGCGUGGGACCCUCCGCCUCUGCCCGAGAGGAACGGGAAGAUCGUGCGCUACGUGGUGGUGUACCGUGACAUCAACAGCCAUCAAAACCAGACCAACGGUACUGCGGAGACGCAAAUGACCAUCCACGGCCUGCAGCCAGACACGACCUACGACGUCAGAGUGAGAGCGUUCACAGGAAAGGGAGGUGGUCCGUUGAGCCCCAGCAUUCAGAGCAGAACCAUGUCUACCUCCAUGCCUGAGUUCACCAAAAACUUUGGUGUGAAAGCUGUGAUGAAGACCUCAGUUCUGCUCACGUGGGAGGUGCCCGAAACCUACAAGUCUCAAGUGCCUUUCAAGAUCCUGUAUAACCAGCAGAGCGUGGAGGUGCAGGGCGAUCUGAAGAGGAAGUUGAUCACGAGGUUACAGCCGGACACCGAUUACUCUUUUGUGUUGAUGAGUCGAGGAAACAGCGCCGGUGGGCUUCAGCAGCAGGUCUCCAUUCGUACCGCCCCAGACCUCUUCAUCACCAAACCCGUCCUUUACAAACAAGACCCAGAAGAAGGAGGCAAACUCACCAUCACACUGCCCAAAGUGCACAACAGCGCCCUCGUCAGGUGGUUUUAUGUAGUGGUGGUACCAGUAACUGCAUCCACGCUGCGCCGCUGGGAAAACCCAGAAGACAUGGAUCUGGAUGAGCUUUUGGAGGGUGGUGGAGACUCAGACGUGAGGAAGAGAAGGAGACGGCAAACUCAGGACUUCUUGCGGCCGUACAUCGCUGCCAAGUUGGAUUAUCUUCCAGAGACCUUUGUGUUAGGAGAUGAGAAAAGUUACAACAGCUACUAUAACAAACCCCUACCCGGCCAACAACAGUACCGCACAUUUAUCAUGGCAGAACUGAAAGAUCGGGACUCGAUGUUUACCGUGAGUCCAUACUCUGAAUCCAUGAUGGUGAAGCUCCACAGCGGGAUGUCCCGUCACAUGGAAGACCCAGAGAUGCUGUGGGUGAUGGGACCUGUGCUGGCCGUCGUUCUCAUCAUCAUCAUUGUUAUUGCCAUUUUGCUCUUCAAGAGCAAACAGGAGAGGAAGCGCACCUCUCCCUCGGCGAAAGACGAGCACUCAGCUGGAGUUAAAGAUCAUUUAUUGGCUAAUUCUUCUGACCCAGUGGAAAUGAGGAGACUCAACUACCAGACACAAGGAUCCAGUGCCUUCAGCUGCCCCGACACCCCAAGAAUGCGAGAACACCCUCCAGUUUCUGUCUGCGCUUUGGCUGACCACAUAGAGCGACUGAAAGCCAACGACGGCCUGCGUUUCUCUCAGGAAUACGAGUCUGUUGAUCCCGGUCAGCAGUUCACCUGGGAAAAUUCUAACCUAGAGGUCAACAAACCCAAGAACCGCUAUGCAAACGUCAUUGCUUACGAUCACUCCCGAGUCGUGCUGAACCCCAUUGAUGGCGUACCCGGAAGUGACUACAUCAAUGGCAACUACGUCGACGGCUACCGCAAGCAGAACGCCUACAUCGCCACUCAGGGUCCUCUGCCAGAGACGCUCAGUGACUUCUGGAGGAUGGUGUGGGAGCAAAGGACCAACACCAUCGUUAUGAUGACCAGACUGGAGGAGAAGAGUAGGGUGAAGUGUGACCAGUACUGGCCCAGUCGUGGGACGGAAACGUACGGCAUGAUUCAGGUUACCGUGCUGGACACAGUGGAGUUAGCCACCUACAGCGUCAGAACCUUCGCUCUGUAUAAGACCGGUUCCAGCGAGAAACGGGAAGUUCGGCAGUUCCAGUUUAUGGCUUGGCCGGAUCAUGGCGUUCCUGAAUACCCAACCCCCAUUUUAGCCUUUCUGCGCAGAGUAAAGGCCUGCAAUCCGCCGGACGCUGGACCCAUGGUGGUUCACUGCAGUGCUGGCGUGGGUCGAACGGGCUGUUUCAUCGUAAUAGAUGCCAUGCUAGAGCGAAUGAAGCAUGAGAAGUUGGUGGACAUCUAUGGUCACGUGACCUGCAUGCGGGCUCAGAGGAACUACAUGGUGCAGACGGAGGAUCAGUACAUCUUCAUCCACGAAGCUCUGCUGGAGGCGGCCACCUGCGGCAACACGGAGGUCCCGGCGCGCAGUUUAUACACACACAUCCAGAAACUCACGCUGGUUCCGCCCGGAGAUGCUGUAACCGCCAUGGAGCUGGAGUUUAAGAAACUGGCCAACUCAAAAGCACACACCUCCAGAUUCAUCAGCGCCAGUCUGCCCUGCAACAAAUUCAAGAACCGACUGGUCAACAUCAUGCCAUUUGAGUCCAGUCGUGUGUGUCUGCAGCCAAUCAGAGGAGUGGAGGGGUCCGACUACAUUAACGCCAGUUUCAUUGAUGGAUACAGGCAGCAGAAGGCUUAUAUAGGAACGCAGGGUCCUCUGGCUGAAACCACCGAAGACUUCUGGAGGAUGCUUUGGGAGCACAACUCCACCAUCGUGGUGAUGCUGACGAAGCUCAGAGAGAUGGGACGGGAGAAGUGCCAUCAGUACUGGCCUGCUGAAAGAUCUGCUCGCUACCAGUACUUUGUCGUGGACCCCAUGGCUGAAUACAACAUGCCCCAGUACAUCUUAAGGGAGUUUAAAGUGACGGACGCCAGGGAUGGCCAGUCUAGGACGAUCCGCCAAUUUCAGUUCACCGAUUGGCCGGAACAAGGUGUGCCAAAGACAGGAGAGGGCUUUAUUGAUUUCAUUGGCCAAGUUCACAAAACCAAGGAGCAGUUCGGACAGGAUGGACCAAUUACUGUUCACUGCAGUGCUGGUGUGGGCCGAACAGGCGUGUUCAUCACUCUGAGUAUCGUGCUGGAACGGAUGAGGUAUGAAGGUGUGGUGGACAUGUUCCACACCAUCAAAACGCUGCGCACUCAGAGACCUGCCAUGGUACAGACGGAGGAUCAGUAUCAGCUGUGUUACAGAGCAGCUUUGGAGUACCUAGGCAGCUUCGAUCACUAUGCAACGUAACCACUCCCAGAAUGCUCAGAACCAGAGAGACGUCACUUCCUGCUGAGCCAUAGCCAUCCUACCUUUUCAUCCCAAACAGCUGCUGGAGAGAGAGAGAGAGAGAGAGAGAGAGAGAGAGAGAGAGAUUGACUGACACAUACAGGGAGAGAGAGGACGUACGCUACUGAAAGUUCACUCCAGUCCGUUUUCUCUCAUUAAAACAGACGCUUCAAUAUGGUCUCUAUAUAUGCACAGCUCCUGUCUCUGUACCUGCUGAGUGUUUUACCCUACCCUGCCAUUGCAUUAUUAUCAGCAUCCUUUGUUAUUACUAUUAUUAUUAUUAUUGCCAUUGCUGUCGAAAAGUACAAUAUUUUAUAUCAUUUACACUAAUCAUUGUAUAUCUACGGGGUUUGUUUUAUUUUCUUGUUUAUUAUUAUUCUCGUUCUGUUAUUUUUAGCACAUGUGGACAUGUAUUUUCACAUGACCAGGUUACUAAUACUGUAUUCCGAGCUGCUGAUGAUUUUUUACUUUGAAUCAUUAUUAUGAUCUUUUAUUUGGUGGGACGGGGGAAACUUUUUAUAAAACCUUUUCACCUCCUGAUACUUUGUAAAACAAUAUAAUCGAGUAGAAAAGAGAUGGAAUGCUUACAGCCGAGUCCGUGACCUCACUGGACCGAAACUGAAUAGACCAAUGAAACGACGUGGUUCUGCGCUACGAAGCGAACGGCCGUUUUUUCUGGAAACCCUUCGUUUUAAUGAACUCAAAGAAAACGUACCUGCUGCCACAGCAAAGUCUUUGUUCCAUGUCAUCCCAGGUCAAAGGUCAGCCUGUCCCCACAGUCGUCCGGCGGAGCUUCAGUCGUGCGGCAUCCGGUUUGGAAGAUAGCGAAGUGAAACAGUCUUCACCAGAGCUGAGCCUGGGUAUCGAUGCCCUGCGGGAAAAAAAAUCCUCCUUAUGUGGUCUGAUCAUUUCUCACUGUGGCUCGUACAGACACAUAUACGUCCUCUGCAGCGUCACACAUCGGUGGACUGAAGACAUGAGCAUACUCCAGUGUUUCUUACCUCCUAUGGCCUGAGCGCAAAAAAUAAGAUGGAAUUCCAGGACAGGGAGGGGUUCAUUUCACUUUGUGUUCGCAUAGAGACAAAACAGCGUUCUAUCUGUUGUACAGGCAGUCUGUUUUCUAUUUGUUAAUAAAAAAGGAGAGAAAUAUGUUGAAAUAUGUGUUAAUAAAAUGCUUAAUUGGGUUUUGUACAUUUUUAUUGUUUAGCUG